AUGUAUAUUCGUCAAUAUAAUCCUCGUUUAUAUCUAUCUUUAUUGUUUAAGCAUGUCAAAAAUCUUUCUACAACAUCAUCAAAUAUUCUUAAACCUUAUCCAAGUUAUGUUGAACGUCAAUUAGAAGUUGUUAUCAAUACAUCAUCAGGUGAUGAAUUUGUUGAAAUUGAUCGUGAAACAAAUAUAAAAUUAGCUAAACCAACAACAUCAAUUCGAGCAAAUAUAAAUUAUGUUGAUACAAAUCCAUUAGGUGAUAAAAAACAACCAAUUGUUUUACUUGUUCAUGGUUAUCCUGGUACACAUGAAUCAACAAAAAAUUUUAUUGAAGAAUUUCAACGAAGAAAUUUUCGUUGUAUUGCACCAGAUAUGCCUUAUUGUGGAAAAACAACAAUGCCUUUAUGGAGUGGAAUUAUUUGGAGAAAUUCUAUUUAUUUACGUGCAAGAUUUCUUGGAGAAUUACUUAAAAAUAUAAUGAAAGAAAAAUUAAUACCUAUUCAUACAGUAAUUGGUUUUCAUGAAAAUGCUUAUGCAUUAAUGUCAAUGAUUGAUCAAUAUGAAUAUUUUCAUUGUCAAUCAUUAAUAUUAGUUGAUCCAACACCGAGAAAAUUAAUUCGGUUUUUUCCAUUAGCUAAAUUUGCAUUUGAUUUCGGUCGAAUUCCACUUCAUUGGCCAGUAGCAAAAUCUCUUUUAAAAAUGCUUGGUUAUAAAGAAUUAUUAAAUUAUUCUCAACGUGAUAUUAUGGCUGCCUUACGUAUUUGGAUGAUUGAAGAUACAUAUCAGUAUGAUGCACAUAUACAUAAUUUAUGGUUAUCUCGUUUACGUACAAUGGUUAUUUUAUCACAAGAAGAUAAACAUCUCGAUAAUAAAUUGUUAGAUGCUUUAAUUAAAGAUUUAGCUGUUGAACCUUUCAAUAAAUGUAGGUAA